ACUUGGUCAUUUAAAAAGUAGCUCGCCUGCUGAAAAAGUGUGAGCACUCCUGCUCUAAGUCCUAAUUUCAAGUCUCUUGACUUCAACACCGCCUUCCACUUUCGGCUCUUAAGGUAGUUUGAAGUCUUCCAGCAGGGGGCGACAUUACCGGCAUUAGUGUUUGUCCUCCAUGUUGAAGUCAGUCACCUAGGCAACCGGAGCAGACAUGUCGGAGCUGCACCAGGCAGCGGCCGCAGCGGACUUUGAGCACGUCGAGGAGCUUCUGAGAGAGCAGAAAUGCAACCCCAACCAGAAGGACAUAGACUGGGGCAACAAGACUCCUCUGCACUGGGCCGCAGCCAAUGGAGACGUGGAAACUGCCAGGCUCCUCAUCGACCACGGCGCUCGUCCCUGCCUGAGGACGGAGCUCGGGUGGACUCCGGCCCACUUUGCUGCGGAGGCCGGGUCGCUGGCGGUGCUGAGGCUGCUGCACUCCGUCCAGGCGCCCCUGCACAAGGAGGACGCCAGCGGGGACAGGCCGCGGCGCUUUGCGGAAAUAUACGGACACAAGGAGUGUGUUCUCUUCCUUCAGAAGGCCGAGGCGGAGGGUCACGCCUACCGCAAAUCUGCAGCAGCCAGGGGAAUGUCGGUGGACGACACUGACGAGGAGUGGGAAGGAUGAAGAUCUGCAAGACGGCACGUCGUGACAUUGCUGGUUUUACAAGCAGAGGAGCAUGUUGGGCAGCGCACACACACAGAGUACUUACAAGCAGACACAGUGUGUAGACAGAAGAGGGAGAAUGGACGCAUUUUGGUGUUAGCGGCUAGCGUCCAUCCACAGUCGGCAGUGACUAAUAAAGUUUCUUACAAGUAUCAUUAUCACUGGAGGACGAGGAAUAUCUAAACAUGCUUCACUACACAGCGUAGGAGGAUACAAUAGCUCACUGCCGUCACAAUGUAAACAAACACCAUGGGUGGAUCUACACCUGACAUCCACUGUAAUGAUACCAAGUACAGGAGCGUAUCUAGUCCAUACUACUAUGAUUACAUCGAUAUUUUUUAUCGUCUCCUUUAAAAUGUAUAUUAUGUUUAUAAAGUCAGUAAAUAAGUCCUUGGACACAUGGGGACUUUGAAUAUGACCCAAUGUAUGAUCCUGUAACUACUUGGUAUCGGAUCGAUACCCAAAUGUGUGGUAUCAUCCAAAACUAAUGUUAAGUAUCAAAGAAGAGAAGAAUAAGUGAUUAUUACAUUUUAACAGAAGUGUAGAUAGAACAUGUUGAAACAGAAAACAGCGCGACACCUACCCUUUACAUCAGUAUUUCUGAGCAAUAUUAUUAUUGGUAGGCUUCAUGGUGGCAGAGGGGUUAGUACGUCUGCCUCACAAUACGAAGUUCCUGCAGUCCUGGGUUCAAAUCCAGGCUCAGGAUCUUUCUGUGUGGAGUUUGCAUGUUCUCCCCGUGAAUGCGUGGGUUCCCUCCGGGUACUCCGGCUUCCUCCCACCUCCAAAGACAUGCACCUGGGGAUAGGUUGAUUGGCAACACUAAAUGGUCCCUAGUGUGUGAAUGUGAGUGUGAAUGUUGUCUGUCUAUCUGUGUUGGCCCUGCGAUGAGGUGGCGACUUGUCCAGGGUGUACCCCGCCUUCCGCCCGAUUGCAGCUGAGAUAGGCGCCAGCGCCCCCCGUGACCCCUAAAAGGGAAUAAGCGGUAGAAAAUGGAUGGGAUGGAUUAUUAUUGGUUUAUUUGGUGUUAUAUUUUAUUGUAUGAUCCUGUAACUACUUGGUAUCGGAUCGAUACCCAAAUGUGUGGUAUCAUCCAAAACUAAUGUAAAGUAUCAAAGAAAUUAAGAAUAAGUGAUUAUUACAUUUGAACAGAAGUGUAGAUAGAACAUGUUGAAACAGAAAACAGUGCGACACCUACCCUUUACAUCAGUAUUUCUGAACAAUAUUAUUAUUGGUUUAUUUUGAGUUAUAUUUUAUUGUAUGAUCCUGUAACUACUUGGUAUCGGAUCGAUACCCAAAUGUGUGGUAUCAUCCAAAACUAAUGUAAAGUAUCAAAGAAGAGAAGAAUAGGUGAUUAUUACAUUUUAACAGAAAUGUUAAAACAGAAACUAAGCAGAUAUUAACAGUAAAUGAACAAGUAGCUUAAUAUUUCCAUUUAUACAGUUUGUCCCUCAUAAUUUUGACAAAAUAAAAGAAUGAUAAAUGCUGCAUACCUCAGCAGACUAAUUAGGAGUCUUUGUUUGUUUACUUACUACUAAAAGACAAGUUGUCUAGUAUGUUCAACAUUUUAUUGAAGGACUAAAUUGCAAUACUAAACAUCCGUUUAAUGUACCCUAAGAUUUUUUGUGUUAAAAUAAAGCCAAUAAUUCAAAUUUUUGUGGUUCCCUUUAUUUAGAAAAGUAUUGAAAUACUUGUUGGUACCGGUACCAAAAUAUUGGUAUCGAGACAACCCUAUGAGAAUGUUGGUGCCAGGAACUCCUACAGUGUUUGUAUGACUAAAUAAAUAAAUGAUUAUUAUCAAGUUCCCAAUCAUAUUUUAAUUCAGGGGAGAGAAAGAGCAAAUAAUGGAGAACAACAAUCCUUACUAAAAGAGUGGAACAGUUACCAAAUACAAUUCAGGCUGGUAUUGCCGAUACCAAUACUGUGUGCAAAUAUACAUAAUGUGUGUGAUAACUUCCUGUAAUCAAGCUCUCUUUGUAUUCACUAACGUAUUUAUGGUGUGAAUAUAAUAUGAAUAAAAAAAAAAAGGAUUUUGUGACAAUAAAAAAUAUCGAUGUAAUCUUAGUAGUAUCAACUAGAUAGGCUCCUGUACUUUGUAUAAUCACCCCUUGUCUUGAGAAACCUUCAUAUUGAAGAUGUUCUACCAAAUAUAUGAGGGCAGUUUUACUGAAAGAGUUCAGAGACAAUAUGUCCUGAAGAAGUUUACAAAAGUUGAUCUUGGAAAAUAAGGACAAGAUAUUUUACACACCCAAUUCUUCACAAAAUUAAAGAAAAACUAUGUAAAAUUAUUAUUUUUUCAUUUUAUUUUUAUUGACAUCCAGCAUCAGACAUUCCUAUCCAUUACAUCAGGGCGGUAUGGAUCACUUGGUAGAUUGGCCGUGCCAGCGACUUGAGGUUUCCAGGUUCAAUUCCCAUCCUGCCGUUGUGUCCUUGGGCAAGACACUUUACCCACCUGCACCCAGUGACACCCACACUGCUUUAAAUGGAACUUAGAUAUUGGGAUU